CGCGAGACGAGCAACGAUGCCGGCAUUGUGCGGCUGCGACGAGGCACGACGAUACCACCACUGAUCGUGGCACUGGAAGAAAAGAGAGAGAGAAAGAGAUAAAAGAAGACAAAAGAAAUCGAAAAUGGACCAGUCGCGGAUGCCCGACGUCGAGACGACGAACUGGAGGGCGAUUUCGUCGCUUGCGGCCAGCUACGGCAUCCAGCUGCGGAGCCUCGAUGAGACCGAGGCGAGCAGCACUUCUCGCGCGGGAGAAGGAGGCGCAAGCGCAGGCGCAGGAGCAGGAGCAGGAGCAGGCCUUGGUCUCGGUCUUGGCAUCGGCCUGGGCAGCGACGAGGAGCAGGACCUGGGCGUGGGCACGCCAUUUGAGAUCACGGCCAGACGCAUGCCGGGUGGCCGAGUCAGCUACCGGUUCAAGUGGCGCGGCGAGACGCAAGAGCAGCAGCAGCAGCAGCGGCAGCAUCAGGAGACCGACGAUGGAGCAGCAGCGUCACCGUCUCGUGGACCCAAUCGCAAGCAGGGCGCGACGGCAUUCAAGACACUCAAGGGGUCACGCUCCAUCCCAGCCCUCCUCCGGUCCGUGGGUGGCCCGCAGCAGCAGCAGCAGUCGCCGUCGCAGCACCAGUCGCCCAGCCAGGCCAGUCAGAAGGAGCAGCCAGACAGCGCGGCGUCGCGCCUGCUGGGCCCCGUCACAUCGCCGUCGAUGGCACGGUCUGGCAGCUCGCCCGAGCAGAAGCGCACGGGCACCAGCAGCGGCAGUGCCAACCUCGAGAGCGGCGACGUGCUCGGCGCCAUCCUGGGCAUCCGCCAGGGCAUCACUGCCUCGGCCUCGCAGUCGUCGUCGUCGUCGUCGGAGGCUUCGUCAUCGGCAGCAGCGCCAGGCCAGCGCCAGCAGCAGCAGCAGCAGCAGCAGUUGCUGCAUCCACAGCCAUUGCACCAGCAGCAGCAGCAGCACCAGCACACGAGUGGCCGCUCCGUCUCGCCGUUUGGCCAGCCCGUGGUGGGCGCAAAGGCACCGGAGCCGUGGAAGACGUCGCCGAUCCCGCGCAUGUCCGGCGUUGGCCAGCCGCUGUUUGCCGACAUGAGCAUCUUUGACGUCGACGUCGACGCUGGUGCUGGUACUGGUGCUGGUGCUGCUGCUUCCACCAAGACCAAGGCCGACGAUGGCGGCGUCCACCAUCUUCGACAGGUGCAGUCGUUUGAGUCGGCCGACUCGGCUGCGACGGCGCGCGCGAGGUACGGCGCACCCUCGUCGGACGCUGAUGGCGAGGGCGAGGAAGGAGAAGAGGCAGAAGAGGCAGCGGAGAAAGAAGAGGAAGAGGAAGAGGAGGAGGGAGAGGAAGGAGAGACGGUCAUCUUUGAUGUUGUCCAGCACUACUGGUCCCACGCCAGCCGGCCUGCCCAGCGGCGCGACUCGGAGCAGGACGACGACGACGCCGACGGCGAGCUCAAGGACACGUCGCGGCUCACCCUCCCCGGCGACGACCCGCGUUUCUCGCUCUGGGCGAUGCGCAGCCCGCACGAUGACGAGGCGCUCGCCUUCAGUGCUCGCAGCGGCUUUGAGGCCCGCGCGCUGUCUCAGCAGCAGGCGCAGCAGCAGCAGGCGCAGCAGCAGACGCAGACGCAGACGCAGACGCCAACAACGCCCUCAUCAGCAGCGAGCCAGAGCCCGCGCGAGGGAGGAGGAGGGAAGCGCUGGAGCGUGCGCGGCUCCCUCGGCAGCGACGACAACCGCAGCUCGCCUGCAGCGUCAUCAUCCUCGUCGUCAUCGUCCUCUGCCGCUGCUGCCGAGCGAGGCCAGUCGAAGAAGGCGGCGAGCGAGGCUGAGCUGGCGCAUUCAAUGCUUCUCUUUCCCAACGACGGGCCCUUUCUCGUCGCAGCCUCGACGGCCUACAUCAUUGCCGAGCUCACCUCGCGCAUCGACCACCGCUUCGAGACCGACUUCUUCUACACCUACCGCGCAUACACGUCCCCCAGCCACGUCCUCGCCCUCCUGGGUGCCCGGCUGCAGUGGGCGAUGGCGCCCGCACGCACGGCCGUCGAUGCGACGCGGCGCCAGGUCGUGCGUGUGCGCACCUAUGCCGUCCUCAAGUGGUGGCUCAACCACUUUUUCUACGUCGACUUUGUCCCCGACCGCGCCCUGCGCCGCCAGCUCGUCGACUGGCUCAACGGCCUCGAGCGCCAGAGCCGCGAUGCAUCGCAGGCCGGCCGCGUCCACAUCGACACGGUGCGCAGCCUCAAGAAGGUCGUCCGCGGCCUCAAGGCCCACUACCAGCAGUCGUCGACCGACACGCUCCUUGGCCUGUCUGGCCUCUCCGGCCUCUCCGGCCUCUCCGGCUUUCCGGACCAGUCGCCCAUCGUCAGCUCGGCCAAGGAAGGCGCCUUUUUCGAUGAUGGCAGCGGCCCCGUCAGGUUAGCCGGCCAGAGCGUUGAUCUCGAGCUGCUCGGCGAUGGCGGUGGCAACAACGAGCACAGCGCGCCAGCGGCAAGAGAUGGGCAGCAGCAGCAGCAGCAGCGCAGGAGCGGCAGCGAUGCCUCGUCGCUCGACGACAUUAUUGUCAACGAGCGCGCCUCCUCGAGGCCCCACCGGUCCGGCGCAGCGCAGCACCAGCUCCACGUGCCGCCGCCGCUGCCGUCGUCGCACAGCGCCCUCUCGCGCGUCUUUGUCAACACCGUCGGCCGCCUGUCGCGCUUCAAGCGCUCCCUGGGCACGCCGGGGGUCACCAUGCGCCCAGGCGGAGGCGGCGGCGGUGGCUACGAUGGCUCGGGUGCAGGUGGUGGCGCAGGCGGCAGCAACGGCAGCAGCAGCAGCAACAACAACAGCGGCUUCGAUGGCCUCGAGUUUGAAGCCACCGACAGCGGCGACCUCCUCUUUAUUCGCGGCGGCCUCGAGCACUUUAUCAGCCACUUUGACCUCGGUCUCUCGCCGAGUGCUGCUGCUGCUGCGGCUGCGACAACAAGCAAGCCGAUGCAGACUGCAGGCGCAGGCGAGCAGAUGGACGAGGCCGACGAGGGGGGCAGCCCGUCGAUUGCCGACCAGGGCGAGACGACGCCGAGCCUGAGUGCGACGAGCGACAAGCAGUCGGGCAGCACCCCUGCCAGCUCGCUCGACCUGGGCCCCGAGGCGAGCCAGGAGCUGCGCAAGUCGCUCCUGGGUGGCGGCGAAAACGAGCCCGCUGCACGAGGCGACCUUGACGACGACGAUGAAUUCUUUCACAGACACAGUGGUCAGCCACGCGCGUUUUCGUCGACUUUCGAAGCGCCCGAGGAGCUGCCGAGCCUCAUUGCCGGCAAGGCUCACUACCAGCCGCAGCUCGACAGCCACGAGGGCCUGCACCACACGACGUCGGACCAGACGCUCCGCUCCGUCUCCACUGCCAACGGCGGCGGCGGCGGUGGUGGUUUCGGCAGCAGCAGCAGCAGCAGCAGCAGCAGCAGAAGCGGCCAGCCGAGGCAGGGUGGCGUCGCCGCAUACAGGGCAAGCCUGCGAAGACGGAGCGGGAGCAGCGGCAUGGGCCCCAACAUUGUCCAGAUCGACGACGUGGACCUGUCGAGCGACGAGGACGACGGCAUGGUGCGGCGUGCACUGCGCAGGUUGCCGGGUGCACGCGACCUCCGCAUGGCCAACCACGUCCACGACCUCGGCCAGCGCCAGCCGAGCCUCGACGGCGGCAGCAGCGUGUCCAACUUUGGCAGCGUCGUCCACCACCACCACCAGCAUCCACAGCUGCAGCAGCGAGCCUCGUAUGCGUCGACGUUUUCCGAGCAGCACGAUGGCCAGUCGUACCUGCAGCUCUUGCAGGCCCAGCAGCAGGAGGCCCAGCAGCAGCCGCCCAAGAUUGGCUUCGUCGAGACGGAGAUGCUGGACCCCGACGAGCACCUGCAGCACUACGAGCUCGUCAAGGGCUUCCGUCUCGAUGCCCUGCCGGACAGCGACGACGACGAGCCGGGCGACGUCGAGGCGGCCCUGCGCCGGCUCGAGGGCUUCAUCGACAAGGACAAGCAGCUGGAGCGCCAGCGCCGCGUCGAGCGCAUCUGGCAGCAGUCGCAGGAGCGCCAGCGGCAGCGCGAGCGCGAGCAGCAGUUGCCGCGCCACCAGCUCCAGCGGCACACGCUCGCGCCCUCGACGACGACGCGUGGGUCCAUGGAGCCCAUGGCCGAGGAGGGGCAGCUGCCGUCCGUGUCGCGCGCCAGUGUGAUCCACGAGCAGGCGCAGGAGGAGGAGGCCAAGGAGCGCCCCAAGGAGGAGGAGCACGUGGCCGAGACGGUCAAGCAGCAGCAGGAGCUGCCUCGCGAGAAGCUGCUCAGACCAGCAGCGGCGGCAGCAGCAACAACAAAGUCGAAGAAGAGGCCGAUCCGGACAAAGCGGCCAGCCAGCCAGGGCAACGUCCUCGAUGGCCCACCCACGCCCUGGGGACAGCGCCGCGACGGAGCGAUGGACCAGCAGCAGCAGAAGGCGCUUCUGCAGCAGGGCCCCUUUGCUCAGCUCGGCGCGCCCGUCCACCGCUCCUUCCUGCUCGGCCACCGCUCCGAGGUCAUUGCCCAGCAGUUUACCAUCAUCGAGGCCGAGCUGUUCCGCAACGUCACGUGGCAGGAGCUCGCGUCGGACAUGUGGCGCAGCAAGACCUACCACCAGGAGGUCCUCGACUGGGAGGCCUUCCACCAGUCGCGCGUCCGUGCCAAGGUUCUGAACAACAACAGCAACCAGGCAGCAGAGCAGUCGGCCGUCGAGGCCAUCACGGCGCGCUUCAACCUCACGUGCAACUGGGUCGCCAGCGAGGUCGUCCUCACCCAGGGCGUGGGCGAGCGCGCGGCGGUGCUGUCGAAGCUGAUCCGGAUCGCGUGGAAGUGCUACCAGCACUGCAACUUUGCCACACUCACCCAGAUCAUCGUCGGCCUCCAGUCGCCGUGGGUCGAGCGGCUGCGCAAGUCGUGGAGCCGCGUGGGGAUGCAGGACAUGCGCAUGCUCCGCGACCUCAAGGCAUUUAUCAACCCUGCCCGCAACUUCCGCCACCUGCGCCAGGCCAUGCGUGCCAUGGUCAUUGACGGCAAGAUGGAGGACCUCGUCACCUCGGCGGGGCCACCGCGCAUGCGGGGCGCUGCGCCGACGGCGACGGUCUCGGCCUCGUCUCCCUCGCCUCUGCAGCAUUCCCACGCGCGCUCCCAUUCGCAGCCAGGGUCAAGCGCAGUAGCAGCAGCAGCAGCAGCCUCCUCAUCAAGCUCUGCGGGAGUGGCGACGGACGACGCCGGCAGCGGCGAUGGGAAGAGAGGCAAGCCGCGCAUCCACGAGGGCGCCUGUGUGCCCUUUUUCGGUCUUUUCAUCUCGGAUCUCCAGGCGGCUGAUGCGCUGCCCACGCUCCUCGACCCGUCGUCGGUCGCGCCCCCGGCGCCCACGUCGCCGCCCGCGUCGGCAAACGAGCCGCUGGCCCAGCUGGCGCUGCCCGACGCCUUUGACGACCUCGCCCCGCUCCCGCCGAGCGCGCGGCCGCUGCGCCCACUUGUGAACCUGUACAAGUACCGGAGCAAGGCCGUCACCGUCAAGACGGUGCUUGCCUUCCAGGAAAAGGCCGCCGGCUUCCGCUUCGAGGCCGACGCCGGCGUAUUCGUAAAGGCUCUCAAGAUCCGCUGCCUCCAGGGCGAGCAGAUGACGCGCAUCUCGCACCGCCUCGAGCCGUGAUUCAUCAUCACACUCUCUUUCCCUUGUCCAUCCUCCAUCCUCCAUCCUCCAUACUCAAUCCUCCACUGGUUGUACAUAGCAUAUCCCCGGGGGUGCACAUACGCUCAUUCGUUCACUCAUUCAGCACAUAUUCUCUUUCACUAACUAACAAUUACACACUCUCUCACGUCAUUGGUC